AAGCUCUUGCGGCAGGUCCCCGCCUCCAGGAUCGGGCUUCCCCUGCAAAGGGAUGAAGCGGAGAUAUAAACACCUCGCACCGCAGCGUCCCGACCUGGAGGGGCUGUGCCCGCGGGCCCAGCCCACCAGGAUCUCUGCCUGAGGACGGCCCGCCGCUCUCCAUGGUACUGCGGAGAGCUCAGCUCCGCCCUUCUCUUUCAGAAGGACAGCACCCGGCGUCACGUAACCCAGCCUUCUCAGGCUCCACCACCGCCUCCUCCUUCCCAGCUCUUUCCCUCUCUUCCUCCUCCUCCUGCUCCCCUCCGUUGCCUGUUCUCCCCUCCCGCACUCCUGGAGAUAGACGCUCAAGCCUGACGCCUCUGAAAAGGCAGCGGCAGUCGCCUUAUCCACAGACCUCAGGAAAUUCGCUUUGACCGAUGCAUGCUUCAGGCUCUGGGUCGAGCUAAGGGGAAUAACCGGGCAGAUUUUCUGGGUCCUUAUAAAUAUAAAGACAAAACCAAAAUGCAUCACCAACACACAACCAAUUGAUAUGCUGGCAACUUAAUUUGGCCUCGCAGAGGCAGAGAGAAAAGAAGAGGAGUUGUUGUGACACCUAACAGCUUCUGGCUAUUUCACAGCUUCAGGGUUUGAACCCUACUGUUGGGGAGGGAAAAAGAGAAGCAAAAUCCAGCCUGUGAGGCCAUGCACAAGGAAUUCUGCAUUGGCUACAGGGGUGCUGGUGGUCCAUGAUAUGACAGAAGAAACAGGCCUUUGAAGCCACUCAGGGGUUAAGUGGUGCCGUAAAGAGGCAAGGAACCCUUUUCUCCCUUCUGGUUUGGGACAUCACGUCUGGAGGACAGACACUCGAGGUACUCACAAGUAUCCAAGGAUCCUGGCUUAUUGCUGACUUCUUGUACUUCUCUGACAAGUAUUUGCUUCUUAACGGACUCUGUUUCCCUUUUGCCCGGUACCACUGAUGGUACCUCGCAGAUGAUAGUAUUCGAGGAGUGAAGCAUCUGUUGACACCACCGAUGCCCUUGAACUAGGUCAUCGGACUCAAAUGGAUAAGUGACUUCCCUUUACCUUCUGUUAACGCCGUUUCCAGAACGUUGCUUCCAAAGUGUAUCCUCCCUUUGGACUGGAAGAUCUGCUGCUGCCCUGUACCACUGGGGUCUACGUUUUCCAGUUGGGAGGGGACUACAGGGAGAGAGGGAGGGGUUGCUGGAAGAAGAAGAAAAAAAAAAGAGCUAGAUAAAGGAGGGCGCAUCCCUCCCACUCCUGCCCAUCCCCUUACCCUACUUGUUUCCAGACCCUUAUUUCUACGUCACGGUGUCCAGGACCAUUUUGACCCUGUCGGCCCCGGCACCCCCCCGCCGCACCCCAGCCCCGAGCAUGGGGACGGCGCUUCUCCAGCGCGGGGGCUGCUUUCUCCUGUGCCUCUCGCUGCUGCUCCUGGGCUGCUGGGCAGAGCUGGGCAGCGGGCUCGAGUUCCCGGGCGCUGAGGGCCAGUGGACACGCUUCCCCAAGUGGAACGCCUGCUGCGAGAGCGAGAUGAGCUUCCAGCUCAAGACUCGCAGCGCCCGCGGUCUCGUGCUCUACUUCGACGACGAGGGCUUCUGCGACUUCCUGGAGCUCAUCCUGACGCGCGGCGGCCGCCUGCAGCUCAGCUUCUCCAUCUUCUGCGCGGAGCCCGCCACGCUCCUGGCCGACACGCCGGUCAACGACGGCGCCUGGCACAACGUGCGUAUCCGCCGCCAGUUCCGCAACACCACGCUCUUCAUCGACCAGGUGGAGGCCAAGUGGGUGGAGGUCAAGUCGAAGCGCAGGGACAUGACCGUGUUCAGCGGCCUCUUUGUCGGGGGGCUGCCCCCGGAACUGCGCGCUGCGGCGCUCAAGCUGACGCUGGCCUCGGUGCGGGAGCGAGAGCCCUUUAAAGGGUGGAUCCGUGACGUGAGGGUCAACUCCUCCCAGGCCCUGCCAGUGGACAGCGGCGAGGUGAAGCUGGACGACGAGCCGCCCAACAGUGGCGGGGGGAGCCCGUGCGAGGCUGGCGAGGAGGGCGAGGGCGGGGUGUGCCUCAACGGAGGCGUGUGCUCGGUGGUUGACGACCAGGCGGUGUGCGACUGUUCGAGAACCGGCUUCCGCGGCAAGGACUGCAGCCAAGAAGACAACAAUGUGGAAGGUCUGGCGCACCUGAUGAUGGGCGACCAAGGAAAAGAAGAAUAUAUUGCCACUUUCAAGGGAUCUGAAUACUUCUGCUACGACUUGUCUCAAAACCCCAUCCAAAGCAGCAGCGAUGAAAUAACUCUGUCCUUUAAAACUCUUCAGAGGAAUGGACUGAUGCUUCACACCGGGAAAUCGGCUGAUUAUGUCAAUCUUGCCCUGAAAAAUGGAGCUGUUUCUCUGGUCAUUAAUUUGGGAUCAGGGGCCUUUGAAGCACUAGUGGAGCCCGUGAAUGGAAAGUUUAAUGAUAAUGCCUGGCAUGAUGUGAAAGUCACCAGGAAUCUGCGUCAGCACUCAGGCAUUGGACACGCUAUGGUAAACAAACUACAUUGUUCGGUGACAAUAUCAGUGGAUGGGAUUCUUACCACAACGGGCUACACGCAAGAAGAUUAUACCAUGCUGGGGUCUGAUGACUUUUUCUAUGUUGGAGGCAGUCCCAGCACAGCAGACCUUCCAGGGUCACCAGUCAGUAACAACUUUAUGGGCUGUCUCAAAGAGGUUGUAUAUAAAAAUAAUGAUGUAAGACUGGAAUUAUCUCGUCUUGCCAAACAAGGAGACCCUAAGAUGAAGAUCCAUGGAGUGGUAGCAUUUAAAUGUGAGAAUGUUGCAACUUUGGACCCAAUCACCUUUGAAACCCCAGAGUCUUUCAUCUCUUUGCCUAAAUGGAACGCAAAGAAAACAGGCUCCAUAUCAUUUGAUUUCCGUACAACAGAGCCAAAUGGCCUCAUCUUAUUUAGCCAUGGCAAGCCAAGACACCAAAAAGAUGCCAAGCACCCUCAGAUGAUAAAGGUUGACUUCUUUGCUAUUGAGAUGCUGGAUGGCCAUCUCUACCUCCUCCUGGACAUGGGGUCAGGUACAAUAAAAAUCAAAGCUCUACAGAAGAAGGUGAAUGAUGGAGAAUGGUAUCAUGUGGACUUCCAGAGAGAUGGACGGUCAGGUACCAUUUCUGUCAACACGCUGCGCACGCCCUAUACUGCUCCUGGCGAGAGCGAGAUUCUGGACCUGGAUGAUGAGUUGUACCUGGGGGGCUUGCCAGAAAAUAAGGCUGGCCUCGUCUUCCCCACCGAGGUGUGGACUGCUCUGCUCAAUUAUGGCUACGUGGGCUGCAUUAGAGAUUUGUUCAUUGAUGGCCAGAGCAAAGAUAUCCGGCAAAUGGCUGAAAUUCAAAGUACUGCUGGAGUGAAGCCCUCCUGCUCAAGGGAAACAGCAAAACCGUGCCUUAGCAACCCCUGCAAAAACAAUGGCAUGUGCAGGGAUGGGUGGAACAGAUAUGUCUGUGAUUGUUCCGGAACAGGCUAUCUUGGCAGGUCCUGCGAGAGAGAGGCAACGGUUCUGAGCUACGAUGGGAGUAUGUUUAUGAAAAUCCAGCUCCCGGUGGUGAUGCACACAGAGGCUGAAGAUGUGUCCUUACGGUUCCGAUCACAGCGUGCAUACGGCAUUCUCAUGGCAACCACUUCUAGAGAUUCAGCAGACACCCUCCGCCUGGAGCUGGAUGCAGGGCGUGUGAAACUGACGGUCAAUCUAGAUUGUAUCAGGAUUAACUGUAAUUCCAGCAAAGGUCCCGAGACCCUUUUUGCCGGCUAUAACCUCAAUGAUAACGAAUGGCACACAGUGCGUGUGGUCCGUCGAGGAAAAAGUUUAAAGUUAACCGUGGAUGACCAACAGGCCAUGACAGGUCAAAUGGCAGGCGAUCACACGAGGCUGGAGUUUCAUAACAUAGAGACUGGCAUCAUCACGGAACGUCGGUAUCUGUCUUCUGUCCCCUCCAACUUCAUUGGACACCUGCAAAGCCUGACAUUUAAUGGAAUGGCAUACAUUGACUUGUGUAAAAAUGGUGACAUAGAUUACUGUGAGCUCAAUGCCAGAUUUGGCUUCAGGAACAUCAUAGCAGACCCUGUCACCUUCAAGACCAAAUCAAGUUAUGUUGCCUUAGCUACAUUGCAAGCCUACACUUCUAUGCAUCUUUUUUUCCAGUUCAAGACAACAUCCCUAGAUGGACUAAUACUAUAUAAUAGUGGGGAUGGAAAUGACUUUAUUGUGGUCGAAUUAGUUAAAGGGUACUUACAUUAUGUGUUUGAUUUGGGAAAUGGUGCUAACCUUAUCAAAGGGAGCUCAAAUAAACCUCUCAAUGACAAUCAGUGGCACAAUGUGAUGAUAUCAAGGGACACCAGCAAUCUCCACACUGUCAAAAUUGACACGAAAAUCACAACACAAAUCACUGCGGGAGCCAGGAACUUGGACCUUAAAAGUGACUUAUAUAUAGGAGGAGUGGCUAAAGAAACCUACAAAUCUUUGCCGAAACUCGUCCAUGCCAAGGAGGGUUUUCAAGGCUGCCUGGCCUCAGUUGAUUUAAAUGGACGACUUCCAGACCUCAUCUCAGAUGCUCUUUUCUGCAAUGGACAGAUUGAGAGAGGAUGUGAAGUUGCAUUGAUGAAAGCUGACUUGCAAGGACCCAGCACAACCUGCCAAGAGGACUCCUGUUCCAAUCAAGGUGUGUGCUUGCAGCAAUGGGAUGGCUUCAGCUGUGACUGUAGUAUGACUUCCUUCAGUGGUCCACUCUGCAAUGACCCUGGGACAACAUAUAUCUUUAGCAAAGGUGGUGGACAAAUCACAUAUAAGUGGCCUCCUAAUGACCGGCCAAGUACACGAGCAGACAGACUGGCCAUAGGGUUUAGCACUGUUCAAAAAGAAGCUGUAUUGGUGCGAGUGGACAGUUCUUCUGGCCUGGGUGACUACCUAGAGCUUCAUAUACACCAAGGAAAAAUUGGAGUUAAAUUUAAUGUUGGGACAGAUGACAUCGCCAUUGAGGAGUCCAAUGCAAUCAUUAACGAUGGAAAAUACCAUGUAGUCCGUUUUACAAGGAGUGGUGGCAAUGCCACAUUACAGGUGGACAGCUGGCCAGUGAUCGAGCGCUACCCUGCAGGAAACAAUGAUAACGAGCGCCUGGCGAUUGCUAGACAGCGAAUUCCAUAUCGACUUGGUCGAGUAGUUGAUGAAUGGCUACUCGACAAAGGGCGUCAGCUCACAAUCUUCAAUAGCCAAGCAACCAUAAUAAUUGGCGGGAAAGAGCAGGGCCAGCCCUUCCAGGGCCAGCUCUCUGGGCUUUACUACAAUGGCUUGAAAGUUCUGAAUAUGGCAGCCGAAAAUGAUGCCAACAUCGCCAUAGUGGGAAAUGUGAGACUUGUUGGUGAAGUGCCUUCCUCAAUGACAACUGAGUCGACAGCCACUGCCAUGCAGUCAGAGAUGUCCACAUCAAUUAUGGAGACCACCACAACCCUAGCAACUAGCACAGCCAGAAGAGGAAAGCCCCCUACAAAAGAACCCAUUAGCCAGACCACAGAUGACAUCCUUGUGGCCUCAGCAGAAUGUCCCAGCGACGAUGAGGACAUUGACCCCUGUGAGCCGAGCUCAGGUGGGUUAGCUAACCCAACGCGAGCAGGCGGACGAGAGCCUUACCCAGGCUCAGCGGAAGUGAUUCGGGAGUCCAGCAGCACCACAGGCAUGGUGGUGGGGAUCGUAGCUGCCGCCGCCCUGUGCAUUCUCAUUCUCCUCUAUGCCAUGUACAAGUACAGAAACCGGGAUGAAGGCUCGUAUCAUGUGGACGAGAGUCGAAACUACAUCAGUAACUCAGCACAGUCCAACGGGGCUGUUGUAAAGGAGAAACAACCCAGCAGUGCGAAAAGCGCCAACAAAAAUAAGAAAAACAAGGAUAAAGAGUAUUACGUCUGAUCCCAAGAUCUUAAAAAAGACCCUUGUAUAGAAAUAGUCUUCAUUUUAUCUGAGACAUAAUAUAAACUUAUUUACUUUCCUUUUUACGAAGCACAUACAAAAGAAGACAGGGAAUGCAAUCAGGAAGGAAAGACUGUUUUUAAAAAAAUAAAAACAAGUAUCUCAUGCUCUUGUUUCUCCAAAAAAGAAAGAAAAACAAAACAAAAACAAAAACAAACAGGGGCCAAUAAAUUCCCUAACAUCCACAGUGUUUUCAUUUACUCUGCCUGUCUUUAUGUUGCUGGAACAUUUCUAAAAGACAGUGAUGACCGCACGCAUUCAUAAAGCAAAGGAGUAUUACAACAUCAAGGCACAACACAAAAACAACGCAACACACAACACACACACACAUACACACACACACACACACACACCAAAAAAAAAAAAAAAAAGAAGCUACCUAUGAUCCUGGAUUUAGCCAAAGUGCUAGCGCUUUCCUGAGAAGUCAGUUAGCCCGAUUGCCAGAGAAGACGGUGUCAUUUGGAAUGACCCAAACUGCAAACCUUUGGGUUUACCCCCUGGCGCAGCUGGAACAGUGGUUGGAACUUGCAUUUGAAACAAAGUGCUGGCUUUUUUGAAGACUUGUGUAGGAACACAUUCAAAAAGCCCCUUUCUGGUUGUGAGAGAAUAAAAAAGUAUGGAGGCCUUAUUUUCAACAAUGUGAAAUAUAAGGCACAUUUUCACACUAAAAUUUCAAAACAAACAAAAAAAACCCAAGAGGGCAUAGAUGCAAUCAUUGGGAAAUUUUCAUGCACGCUUAAUAUGUUAUUACAUAUGUUUAUAUAAAAUCCAUCUCUGUGUGCUUUCUGGACUGUGAUAAGUGACGUUUUAUAGCCUGUUGUAUAGAAAAUGCAAAAUAUAUCUCUGCUCUUCAGCCAUUUUUGGUAAAUUCAAUGUUAUAAGUGUUGCUAAGUAUAGGGAGUUUUAUGACAUCGGAGCAACAAUUAUUUCAGGGUUUUGGUUUUGGUUUUUGGUUUUUGUUUUUUUGCCACCAUUAUAAAUUGCCACAAUUACUUACUUUUUUAAAAAAAAUUACAAUGUAGUGUUUAUUCUAAGGAAGAUAUGUAUGAAUGUAUAUAAAAAGACUCAGCUACUUUUUUUUUCUAACAUGUACAGCCUUCAUUCUGUUGCAAUUAAGUUUUAGUAUUUGUAUGAAAGGUGUGAAUUAGAAGGUAAAAUAUAUACAUAUGUAUCUUAUAAUCUUCUUUUCUCCCCCAAAUACUCACAUUUUUCAUAUAUUUUCACCAUUUACAGUCACAAACACACACACACACAGACACACACAUCCAGAGGAAUCCAUCAGAUAUGAUGGAAAACCUGAACAUAUAUAUAACAGCAAAUAUUUACUGACAAAUUGAAAAGUAGGAAGGAAGGAAGAUAGUUGUGCCAAGGUAUUAGUGACAAAUGGGGUGAUUUGCUUCAUUGAGAUCAUGCUCCCAAGAAACCCUGGGAAGAUUUUAGUCCCUAAUGAAAUGGAACCUUUUCUUACCAAAUAGAAUAUCACUGGUGUAUUGCUGCAUGAAUAUGAAACAUUAUGUUGGGAGGUUACAGAAGCAAAAUUGGUUAAUCUACAGCUUAACCCUGGCUGCUGCAAUUGAAAACUUUGUUUCCAAUAAAAUCAUAUAUAUAUAUAUAUAUAUAUAUAUAUAUACACAGACACACACACACACACGCACACACACACACACACUCUGAACCUGAUGUGCAUGAUAAAUACUUUGGAAAGUAAACAUUUUCUCAACUAAGAAAGUAUUUUCAACAAUUGUGUUAGUAUCCAUCUAAAAAUAUCAUUCUCUGUUGAUUAUUGACCAUAUUUUAACUUUUCUGGUUUUACAUAUAUAUCAUUAAAUAUAGUUUUAGUUUAACACACAUUAAGCGAUAGAAAAGUAUAGAUGACACACUUGUUUUUGCAUAUUGUUUCAAUGAUGUUCAUAGCAAUAAAUUAUUAAUAUGAGCAGGUAAUGCAAAGGAAAUGCAUUAUUAGAUUGGAAGGUGAUGCCUCAGUAAAAAUUGGUCGCAUUACUUUAACAUCUCCUAAAAGAAUGAUUUUAGAUUUCAUAAAAGAGAAUACCUUUACCAUGAGCUUUAAUCAGCAAAGGCAAAAAAUGCAAAACAUCUUUUGCGAUACUUCAGUUGAUGAAAAAAGCCAAGAAGUGGCCUGGAUUUCAGACAUACAGCACCUUAGAAAUAUGUAUAAUUCAUAGCAAAUCACCACUAUCUAUGGUUGCCAAGUAAUUGUGGUGUGUGAAAAGUCUAAAAGGCUUUUCAUGACCCAGAAAGUGGAGGUUUAAAACUAAAAUUUAGUAUCCAUAACUUGUGUUUCAGAUUUUCUUCUUCUUCUUUUUUUUUAAUUUGCUCGCUUUAAGAAUUCAUGUCUUUUUUUUUUCCUCUAAUUCAGUCUUACUCAGGGAAAGCCAGUGAAAUAAGAAGGUAAAUAUGAAACCACUAAUUUACAUCUUGAGGUUUUACAAAGAAAUGGUUGCUUUUCCAUUUGCUCUAUUGAACUCAAACUAGUUUCCAUCUGGAAAGAUUCUAAAAUAUGAUAGAAAAUAAAUAAUGGUAUUUAUAAGAAGUAUAUCUAUGAAGGAUGUUGUUGGGGUUGAUUUCAAUAUUUCUUUCCAGCAUAAAUUUUAAAAUUUCAUGCAAUGAUCUAAUAUUGUCAGUAAAAAUAUUUUUAAUGUUAUUGGCCUACACAAAAUCUAGCAAUUUUUUUUCUUCUUUCUUUCUUUUUGAAUGGAGAAAGAAAAGAGAGGAACAUGAGCUAGAGAGAAAAAAAAGACAUGAAUAAGAUCCCAAGUAUCUUCAUACCAAAUGUAUCAGGGUUCCAUGAAUAGUUGGCAGUUAACAGGAUUUCACACUACCUGGCAUAAAUUUGAUUACAUCUCUAGACUGUAACUUUUCUGAUUGAGUAUGCUUCUUUUUUAUCCAUGUAAUGUGUUGCCUUUUUAAAACAAAAAAACAAAUACUACAAUAAUGUGUGAGGUGGUCAAUCCCCAAAACAUCAGAGAAAGGCCACAUGACCCUACCCUUCUAGUGCUUUGUGUGAUUGGGUAUCUAAGGGUUUUGUUUUGUUUUUUCUGUUGCAAGGCCAAUUUCUCCAUUAUUGGAAAUGCUAAGCAAGUGGAAUUUACUGUUUUGUUAAUAAAAUAUUUCUUAAUACAA